AUCAAGUAAGUCGACAGAAAUUUGACCUGGCCACAGGUCAAGGUGAUGACGAUGUAGAUGCUCGCUUUCGUGCUUAGAAAGUUCGAUCGAAGAAAACACUUUCUUCCUUAAACUGCCUGGAAUCGUUUUGAACCGCAGCCUCUGUAAACACCACUCUUAAACCACUUUUAGAAUACCCUUCCCCAUUUUAAAUCCUUUUAGAGAGAUAAGGUUUUAUUCAGAAACUUGUAUUCAUCCUAAAGACUCGUCCUCCGUUAACAUAUUUUACCGUUUGUGAAGUUCCUUAGGCUAUUAUCUUCAACAUCCGCAAACGCAGAUAUCUUCCAAAAUUAUAAGUACAAGCAUCCUGAAUAGAUAUCCCAUUUUGGAAUAAAAUAUUUAAAAAAUAACAAAAAAGGAUUAGCUAGAAGAAGGGACUUAAAGUCAGUAAAAUGAGGUUAACAAAUGCAAAGCUAGAAAAUAAACGACUGAAAUCGGGGUCAGACGAGAUAGUUCAUGCAAGGAGCAUCACAUUGGUGAUGCAGAUUCCCCCAAAGAAUGCAAGGUAAGCGAACCACAAUCAAUGCGAUAAGAAAUCGCGCAGGUUCAUCAUCCCCCAGUCAGACUUGCAUGUGGGAAUGAAGAGGCAAUCAUUAUCGGCAGCUCUGACAUGGUGCAAAUAACGAUCAGUUCAGUUUAUUACUAAUUUCUUCCAUAAUUUGUGCAGUUCGCGCGUAGAACAAGUGUUAAGAUGCAUGCUACCACAAUACUCGUUCUGCUGAUUGCUCACAAAUCUGUAGUGGGAUUACCGUACUAUGUAAACCCGAAUUAUUCCGGGAGCAUUAACACCGGUUAUUUGUAUAACGUAGUUUAUGAGUGUCCACGUGACUACAGGUGGAACGUUUUUACGGAACAAUGUGAAAUGGUAAAACUCAAAACCACUACUACCCCACCGUCAUACUACUAUCCGUACGAAAAUAGCGUCACUGGGAAUGAUCCUGAUCCCCCCUAUGUGAGUUACGGUAUAACCAGUGGAUAUUACAAGUCCAGGAACGAUGGACCAGCAAAAAUGCAACGCAAAAAGGGAAUCACCUUCAAUCCCGAUACGAAUCGCUGUGAAAACCAUCAGCCAGUUCGUCAGCGUCCACAUGUUCCUUACCUUGCGCCGAAACUACAAACAACAAUGCCGACUGGCGGCAACACGCCCCAUGGUUGCCCCGACCAUGUUGAUCCAUACAAUCCCGUCCAUCUGCCGCAUCCGGAUUGCGCAAAGUAUUACAAGUGUACCACAAGUGGUCCAGAAGAGUGGCAUUGCCCGGAUGGGCUCCAUUGGAGCAGGGCUCUCAAUCGUUGCGACCAUUAUUGGAGGGCUGGUUGUGCUGGAGGUGGCAGCAAAGAUCUAUCAAUGGUAACUUCUACGGCUAGUCCUGUGAUUACAACUGCAACAACUACCAGUACAGCAAGAACAACAGCAGCAAGCACCAAAGUUUCCUCAACUACUGGAGCCACUCUUAGUAGGUUUGGAGGUUUAGUGGACGAAACCACGGAAUCAGAAGACUUUUAUACAACAGAUGCAGUAAUAGCUAAUGAUCUGUAGUAAUUUACAACUGUAAACGUUAGUCAUGAAGACCAAAUUUAAAAAAAAACGUUGGAAGGUGAAGUCAAAUACUACAAAUUAUGUAAAUUUUGGGAAAAGGUAUAGAAUAUGGAAGUAAUCUAAUAAGCAGUGUGGAAUAAAAACGAUUUUUAGCCAUUUUGCCACAUGA